GCCCGCGCAGGAUGCUCGCGGCCGUCGGGGGCCUCCUGCGCCUCCGCCUGGGGCGCAUCCUCCGCGGCGCCCCGCGGCCCACGGCGCCUGUGCGGCCUCGGGGUCUGCCCCGCUACUGCAGCGGCCGGGCCCCCAGCGGCUCUGGGCCCCAGGGUCCCGCAGGAAAGGUGCACCGGGUUCCCGCCGAGCACAAGCCUUCGCAAUUCGAUAAGAGAAUCCUGCUGUGGACCGGGCGUUUCAAAGCGAUGGAGGACAUCCCGCCUCGGAUCCCGCCAGAAAUGAUAGAUGCUGCAAGAAACAAGGCUCGAGUGAAAGCUUGUUACAUAAUGAUUGGACUCACCAUUAUCGCCUGUUUUGCAGUGAUAGCGUCAGCCAAAAGGGCUGCAGAACGACAUGAAUCCUUAACAAGUUGGAACCUGGCAAAGAAAGCUAAGUGGCGUGAAGAAGCUGCAUUGGCUGCACAGGCUAAGGCUAAGUGAAAUGCUAAGUGAUGAAGUGUUAAUCAGAGUAUCAUGACUAUUAUUACAAACAAUAAAGGAUAGGUAAAAUAGAAUAUUUAGCAAAAUAAUUGCCAUGGUUUUAUUUUAUAAAGAGCACAAAGUCUUUUUAUCUUUACUUGUUAGCAAAAUUUUGCUGAAAUGGAACUACAUUCAGAAAAAUGCACAAAAGUGUAUACAGCUUGAAACAUAUUUACAUAGUGAACACACCUGCAUAACCGCUGCCCAGGUCAAGAUGGGGAACACCAGUAACACCUGAGAAACCUCCUUUGUGCCCUCUGUCAGUCAUUACCCUCCAAAAAUAACCAUUGUUGUGACUUUUAUCACCAUAGAUUAGUUUUGCUUGUUUUUGAACUUUAUAGGAGAAUUACACAAUAUGCAUUUGUGAGGGUGGAUUCUUAUACUCAACAUUAUGUUAUGAGAUCCUUCCACAAAUUUUGUAUAGCAUGAGUUUAUUCAUUUUAAUUUUGUUUUAGUAUUCCCUUGUAUGAAUAUGCAACAGUUUAUCUGGAUAUUUGGUCCAGUUUUUGGCUAAUACAGUUAAUGUUAAAAUGAGCACUCUGUGUAUGUCAUUCACUAAGCAUUCUGUAAAAUCUAAACUAAUUUUCAACCAAAGUUCCACUGUAUUUAGGUAGGACUCUUGCAUUGAUCCAGAACAAUGUAAAACUAUCAACUUUAGCAUCUAAAUACAUAAGAAAUUGUCAGAACUACAAGGAAAAAAGUGGACAAACCCACCAUUAUCUGGGGAAAUUAAUACAUCUUUCUUAGAAACUGACAAAUUCCACUGAUUAGUAAAUAUAUAAAAGAUGUGAGUAAAUUAAUAAUAUAUACAUUCUUUUUUAGCAUGCAUGGAACAUAGCACACACAUGUCCCUAAAACAGCACAUACUAAACCAUAAAGCACAUUUCAUCAACUUUCAAACUACAUGCAAUUAUGGCACAACUUAGAAAUUAAUGGCAUAAUGUUUGUAGUCACUUAUUUAUUGUCAUAAGAUUUUUAAAAUUUGAAGAUUUGAAAACAUUUCUAUAUGACUCAAAGGUCAAAGUAAGUCAUAAUAGAAAAUUUAAAAUACUUAGAACUGAAUUAUUAAGAAAAAGCUAUAUAUCAAAACCUGUGGGAUGUAGUUGAGUGGUAAUUCAAAGUAAAUUGUUAGCCUUAAUAUGCUUUUCUUAGAAAAGAAAGUUCUAUAACAAAUGUAUUAAAUAUUUCUAAGAAAUUAGAAAAAGAAAUAUAGAGUAAAUCCAAAGGGAAUAAAAGAUUGGAAAUUACAGAAGAGCAGAAAUUGGGGGCACCUGGGUGGCUCAGUGGUUGAGCAUCCGCCUUUGGCUCAGGGCAUGAUCCUGGGGGCCUGUGAUGAGUCCCACAUCAGACUCCCCACAGGGAGCCUGCUUCUCCCUCUGCCUAUGUCUCUGCCUCUCUCUCUCUGUGUCUCUCAUGAAUAAAAUAUUUUUAAAAAGUAUCUCUCUUUGCACAACCCCUUUGCACUUUGCACACUCCUAUCCCUUUGCACAUGCCAUUCCUCUCUUCCUUUGCACACCCCCAUUCCUCUCUAAAAAAAAAAAAAAAAAAAACUUUCAAAAAUGAAGACGAAAUAAAAACAUAUUCAUUCAGGAAUGCAAAAGCUGAUGGAAUUCACCACCAGCAAACUUAAAAUACAAAAAUAUUAAAAUCCAUCAUGUAAAAGGAAAAUGAUACCAGAUGGAAAUCUACAUCUACACAAAGAAUUGAAGACCCCCAAAAAUGGAAACUAUGAAGACAAAUAUAAAAAAUUUUAUUAUUUUUGGGACACCUGGGUGGCUCAGCGGUUGAACAUCUGCCUUCGACUCAGGGCAUUAUCCCGGGUUCCAGAGAUCGAGGCCCACAUGGGGGUCCCCGCAGUGAGCCUGCUUCUCCCUCUGCCUGUGUCUGCCUCUCUCUCUCUCUCUGUGUGUCUCUCAUGAAUAAAUAAAUGAAAUCCUUUUUUUAAAAAAAGAACUUUAGAAUUUUUAAAACCCCUUUUAAAAAUAAUAGACUAAAGCAAAAAUUUAUGAGAAACCAUGAAUAUAUUAUGGGGUUUAGAUAGAGAAGUAAAAUGUAUGAAAACAAUAGAAUAGAGGCAGAGGAGAAAAUGGAAGUAUUUGUAUUUAAGCUGCUCAUACCAGUGUUGUCAAAAGAAAAAUAGUACCACAAAUGAAAUUUAUAAUUUCCUAAUAGCCAUAUUAAAAGGUAAAACUAAUCAGUAAAACGAACUUUAAUGGUACUUAAUCCAAUAUGGCCAAAAUAGUAUUUUAGCAAGUAAUCAUAAUAUAAACAUUGUUAACAAAAUAAGUUACAGUCUUUUUUCCUUUUUAAGUCUUUGGGAUCCAACGUGGAUUUUACAUCUCAGUUCAAAGGCUAAAUUCUAUUUGGAAAUACUUAGCCUAUACUUAGACUUCAUAAAAUGUAUAGUAAGAAAAAGAUACCCAUACCCAAGUUAUUCCAAGUAUACCAAGUAUAUAAUGACCAAGUUAUCUUGGUUUCUAAUAACCAAGUUAUCAGUUUUUAUUUUUAACUUGAUUAAAAUAAAAUAAUACUAAAAAUUCAAUUUCUCAGUGAUCCUAGCCACAUUUCAAGUGCUCCAAAGUGAAAUGUUAUGUGAUAUUUUCUAUAUUAUUUGAGAGUAGCCACAGUUAAAAAUGCUUAAAGCCUAAAGCAACUGAUAAAAAAUGAAAAAUAUAGUUUAUAGCUAAUAAGUCAAAAAGGAGAUGAAAUGGAACCCUAAAAAAUACUUAGUUAAUCCAAAACUAUGUUGAAAAAGAAAAAGCAGACCAAAAAAAAAAAAGAGAGACAAAAAGCAAGAUGGUAGGUCUAAACUAAAUUAAAUCAAUAAUCGUAAUUGUUAAUGAUUUAUAAACACUCCAGUUAAAAUGCAAAUAUUGUCAAAAUAAAAAAGCAAGUCCCAUAUGUUGCCUACAAGAAAUCCACUUUAUAAAGGAGCAAACUGAUUACAAGUAAAAGGGUGAAAAAGAUAUACCAUGCUAACACAAAAGUAAGUAGGAGUGGCUAUAGUAAUAUCAAAGUAGAUUUUAGAGCAAAGAAUAUUAUCAAAUCUAGAGAGGGUUAUUUGAUAAGAGGACAAUUCAUGAAAACUAAAGUGUGAAAACAACCCAAAUGUCCAUCAACCAAUGAACGGGUAAAUAAAAUGUGUUAUAUACAUACAACGGAAUAUUACUCAUUAAUAAAAAGGAAUGAAAUGUUGGUAUAUGUCACAGCAUGGAUAAACAUUGAAAACAUGCUAAAUGAAAGAAGUGAGUCUCAAAAUAAAAUGUUCUACAAUUGA